AUGUCAGUAGCGAUCAAGCUGAGAAACCCCAGGGGCGAGGACGGUGUUACUGAUGAGGAUGGGAAGAGCUGGCUGGAAGAUGGGACAGAAGGUGGGAGUGGGGGAGGCUGUAGUUUGAGGACCCCCGCACUGCGCUGUGAGACCCUCUGGGAGCAAGUCCACCGGACGGAUGUACCCCGGGGACCCCAGCACGCACAGCAGACCCUGUACACUCGCUCCCCGCCCCAACCUGGCGAGGCUCCAGUGUGCCAGGCUGGGGGUACCGGAGCCGGGGGCGCGGUGCUGCAGGGGGCACGGAGGGGCCGGGGGCGCAGAGCGGCCGGGGUCACGGAGAAGCGGGGUCACGGAGGGGCGGGGUCUCAGAGGGGCGGGCGUCCCGAGGGGCCGGGGUCAUCAAGGGGCGGAGUCACAGAGGGGAGGGCGCACAGAGCUGCCGGGAUCACGGAGGGGCGGGGUCACGGAAGGGCCCGGGGUCACGGAGAGGCGGGGUCUUCGAGGGGCGAGCACCCCGAGGGGCCGGGGUCACGGAGGGGCGGGGUCACCGAGCUGCCGGGGCACAGACGGGCUGCGGCAGGGGAGGCCCUCGAGGUCACGGAGAGCGCCCUCUGGAGGGUGACUGGCAAUCAGUCGGUGGAACCACCGAGCGGCGGCGCAGAGCGAGGCACAUCUACCUUUCUCCCCGCUCUCUUCCCUCCCCCAGGAACGACCCCUGCUGCUCUUUCUAGCGACCCUGCUCCGUCCCCUCUGGGCGGUCGCCAGUCCUUCAUCUGCCCGCUAGUCUCUCCUCCAAGAACCCUGUCUGCCCGGGACCGCCAGUUUGGAGAGUGA